UAUUUCCAGUGUGAUUUCGGAGAGUGUUCAAUAGAGAAAGCUUUGACUGUUUGAAACAAAUUGGAACUUGAGUUUCUGUUCUACUAUCAUGGGAGAAGGAUUAGAGAGAAAGAGCUCCGUGAUUUAGUCAUAAAUGAAUGUAAGAAUAGCACGUAAAACAUUGGUACGACGACUGAAUAGCUAGAAUCUACGUGAAAUUGAUGAUUUUAUAAUAAAUACCGGAACUACACAAUGAAGAAGAGGUAGUUACCGAUGUUCGAAGCUCUACUAAAGAAUCGACGACGACGAUAAGUUUUGACUAACAGCAUAAAUAGAACUGGAUCAACGACGAAUUAAGAAGAAAAGAAGAAAAGGAAUAUCAAUCUUCGAGAUGGAAGGAGUUCAACAGCGGUAGACGGCAUCGUAGACGGUGUACCGGAGGACAUCAUCCUUCUAGACGACUCCAGGUGACCGACGCCAGUCCUGCUGGAGUACCAGCAGCACGAGAGGAGGUGCAUCGAGACGGAGACCCAACCAGCGACAUCGGAGGAGAGUGAGAUCUAACCAGCAACAUCGGAGGAGAGACAGGGGUUCGGAGAGGUUUUCCACAGCCUCUUGGUAUUGUAACGACGCGACGAGCCCAUAAUCUGCAGUGUAUAAUGGACAAAAACACUUGGAAUGUGUCAGAGGAAGGUGCUAACCCUAGAAAACGUGCGGACGGCAAGGAAUCAUCUCCACCACAAAACAGUUCCGACGUUGAUCAAACCAAAAGGCUGCGGACGACGGAGGCCAUCGUGGUGCCCGGCCUGGUGUCGCCCGCCUUGCUGGUGCCGGGCCUCGCCGCGUCGCCCCCCAAGUUCGUGUCGCUGGAGGAGAUCAUGAAGGCGGCCCGGGACAUCGACAACAUGUCGCUGGUGCACGAGAUCGCCGUCGACAGCAACUUCAAGCUGGAGAAGUUCGAGCCCCCGCCCAACAGCCUCCACAAGCAAGUGAGUGAGACGAUGCACAAGGCGUUCUGGGAUGUGCUGACAGCACAGCUGAAUGAAGACCCGCCGUGCUACACCCACGCCAUGGCGCUGCUGGAGGAAAUCAAGUCCAGCCUGCUGAGCCUGCUGCUGCCUCAGCACACCAAGCUGCGGCAGGAGAUCAACGAGAUCCUGGACGUGGAUCUCAUCAGGCAGCAGGCCGAGGCGGGCAUCCUCGACUUCCCGAACUAUGCCCAUUAUGUGAUAUCGGUGAUGGGGAAGUUGUGCGCGCCCGUGAGGGACGACAAAAUCAAGGAACUCACCGAGACCAAAGAGAUUGUUCCUGUCUUCAGAGAGAUAUUAGAGAUGUUGAAGCUGAUGCACAUGGACAUGGCGAACUUCGCCAUCUCUGUGGUGCGGCCGGAUCUCAUAGCCAAGAGCGUGGACUACGAGAAGGCCAAGUUUGCCGAGAUACUGAAGAUACAGCCAGACGGUCUCAGACUGACUCGUGAGUGGGUGCUGAAGCACUUGGCGAGGCUGAGGGAGUCGGGCGUGCCGCAGUCCUCCGACGACAGGGAGACCAACAUCCGGAACCUCGUCACAAGAACCAUGGCAGAAGCCUACCUGGAGCUGCUGGAGUGGGACCAAGACACUCCGUUCCCUGAGACGGUGAUGAUGGACGCGGAGAGGUUCCGCAGCCUGGGCCGGCAGCACGCGCGGAUGGUCGUGCUGGGAGCCGUGCUGCUGACCGCGCUCAGCCUGGCGGGCCAGGUGCAGGGCAGCGCGGCCUUCAAGGAGAAGCUCCGGGGACACGUCAGCGUGCUGCUGGAGGAGGCCAACACGGGCCGUGACAUUGAAAGGCUGAUCCCCAACAUCGAGAUGCAGGUCGUCAAGGAUGUGGAAGACUUCAUCAAGGAGACCGGGUCCGUGGAAUUGACGCCAGAAAACAAGGAGACGCUGAGUCGGCAAAUUCGUGAAAUUGGUUCUUCUAGUCACAAAAUACGGCAGCUUGUGUGCUCGCGGGUGCGGGAGUUCCUGCACCAGAGCAUCACGUCGCCCACGGCAGCGCCCCAGCAGGUGCCCCCGGGGCUGUCCUCUCUGCGGCCGGAGCUGACGGCCACGGCGGGCCAGUUCCUGCACCUGGUGUCCCACAACCGCGCCGUGUUCGGCGGCUACUACCACGACAUGGUGGCGGCGGCCGUGCCCUAGGACCACAACCGACGCUUCUCCCGGAGCUCCUCGGCCACUCCCGUGACGCGUCUGGUCGGUGUCCGUCUGAUGCCUCACACGUUGAUGUGUUCCAACAGUACUCACUGUACAUGCCCCUUCGCGGCCGACGCCUACCCUCGACGCUUCUUCCGGAACUCCUCAUCACAAACAGCAGUCGCAGCCACUUUCGUAACACGGCUGGUGCAACGUAUCACUUACGUUUUAACAGUACUUAAUGUUUAGUUUCUUUUUAAUAUACACAUGCCACAUC